AGAAUUCUGGGCUACAAGCUUUAGUUCAACAUGCCUCGGAUUAACAUUAAAGGAGGUGUCUGGAGAAACACCGAAGAUGAAAUCUUGAAAGCUGCUGUUAUGAAAUAUGGUAAAAACCAAUGGGCUCGGAUCGCUUCCUUGUUACACCGCAAAGCAGCCAAGCAAUGUAAAGCUAGGUGGUAUGAAUGGCUUGACCCUAGUGUAAAAAAAACGGAAUGGAGUCGUGAGGAGGAUGAGAAACUUUUACAUCUAGCAAAGCUGAUGCCGACUCAAUGGAGAACAAUAGCACCAAUUGUUGGAAGAACUGCUAAUCAGUGCUUAGAGCGCUAUGAAUACCUUUUGGAUAAAGCACAGAACAGAGAAGGGCUUUCGGCUGAGGAGGAUCCUAAGCGUCUUCGACCAGGGGAAAUUGAUCCAAAUCCGGAGACUAAACCUGCACGUCCAGAUCCUGUUGAUAUGGAUGAAGAUGAGUUAGAAAUGCUUUCUGAAGCAAGAGCUAGAUUAGCUAAUACACAGGGAAAAAAAGCAAAACGUAAAGCUAGAGAACGUCAACUUGAAAUUGCUCGGAGAAUGGCUAUGAUGCAAAAACGCCGUGAACUUCGAGCAGCUGGUUUGGGGACAUUUCUUGGACUAAUGCCAAAGACAAAACCAUGCAUGGAUUAUAAUUCAGAAAUUCCAUUUGAGAAACAACCUCCUAAAGGAUUCUAUGAUACCAGUAAUGAAAAGCCAGAAAUCAAACCUAUGGAUUUUCAACGUUUACGACUUUCAGAUAUUGAAAAAGAGAGUUUCAUGGAAAGGGAGAAGCGAGAACGUAAGAAAGAUGCUGAACGCCAAGCUAAGCGUAUGCAAUCUGAUUUACCUGGUGUUAUUUUACAACGUGGAAAUUCUCUGGAUGAACCAUUAUUGAAAAGAUCUAAACUUGUGCUUCCUGCUCCUCAGAUAUCUGAUCUGGAGUUGGAAAAUUUAAUCAAGGUUGGUCAAGCAGGGGAAAAUGCUGUAAGGAUGGCUAUCGAAGAUUCUGAUGGGGAAUUGGGUUCUGCAACACACCCUCUCUUACCAGAAUAUCCUACAGGUGGAUUCGCAACGCCGACGUUAAAUCUUCAGCGUACGCCAAUGGCUAUGGUAGAUACUGUGACCAGGGAAGCUCAAAAUAUUUUAGCCUUACAACAAGUUCAAACCCCUCUUAAGGGUGGGGAGAAUACUCCAUUAGUUGGUGAAUCAGAUUUCUCUGGCACAACACCUCGUGUACCCAGUAACCUAGCAACACCAAAUAUUUUACUCCCUAGUCAGAUAGUUGGUACUACCCCGUUCCGUACACCAAAUAUUAUUGAAAAUGGUACUCCGGCUGUUUUAAUGGGUGCUGCUGGUAGCAAUACACCCGUUCUUAUUAGAAACAGUGAGCAAAACGGUCCAGUAUCUAAUACACCGUUGAGAAAUCGUCUUAAUAUUAAUCCAGCGGAUGAAAAUAAUCUAUAUGGUCUUGGUGAUCAAGAUACUGCUGUGUUUUAUGAUAAAAAUGGUGUGAAAACAAAUCUACGUAAAAGCUUAGCUAACCUACCGGCACCAAAGAAUAACUUUGAAAUCUUUGUACCUGACGAAACAAACAAUGAUGAUGUCGGUGAAAACGACAAUGUUGAUAUGGAUCAAAUGGAGGAGGAAAGAGGAACAGCUUCGAAAAUUCCAGACCAGUCAGAUUUGGAUAGACAGACUGAAAGAGAACGUGCUAAAGCUGCUGAAUUGGAAUGGUCUAAACGCAGUCAAGUUGUUCGACGAUCUUUGCCAAGACCAUCAGCUGUAAAUCAUACCAUUUUGCGUAACAUACCAGGAUUAGCUAAUCAACCACCCCAACAGGAGGCAAAUAUGACAGAUCUGCAAAAGGCUGAAGAAUUAAUUAAACAAGAAAUGGUAACAAUGAUGCACUAUGAUAAUUUAAAUAACCCACCACCUAAUCAGCUGUUGGAUGCGGCUAAGCAGACUGGUCCAAGUGGAGGCGCUGCUCCAGCUAGUCAACACAGACGUUAUUUACAACAAUUGAAAGCUACGCAUGAAGGUUAUUUAAAAGAUUCUCCGUAUGAACAAUUCAAUCCAGAGGAUUUAAAACUGGCAGAGAGUUUACUCGAGGAGGAAAUGCAUGUGGUUCGGAAUGGUAUGGGACAUGGUGAACUAUCAGCUGAAGCUUAUGCAAAAGUCUGGCAUGAAUGUCUGAGUCAAGUUCUAUAUCUACCAGCUCAUCGACGUUACACACGAGCUAAUCUGGUGACAAAACGUGAUCGUAUCGAAUCUCAUGAAAAGCGGUUAGAUCAGCUUCGUCAUCUUAUGGCUGAAGAGGCUAAACGCGCAGCCAAAUUGGAAAAAAAACUAAGGAUCUUGCUAGGCGGUUACCAGGUAAUGUGACGUACAUGAUACUUGUGCCAUUUUGAAGUUGUUUUUGAAAAUCCCUUUGAAGGUAAUCAUUUCACCUCGUGCAUUUGAUAAAUCGUAGUAUGGAUUCUAAAGAAUGUAUAGUGUAGAAUUUUUAGAUCAUGCAAUUCUUCAGAUUUUUAAUUACUGCAAAUAUAAACGCUCAAUGUCCUUAUAAAGCCAUUGGUCUUUGAAUGAAGUUAUAGACAUGCUGUUUUUCAUAUGUAUUUGUCUUUGAGUAUUUAACAAAAUAAUAAUUAUUCAGUGUUCUUCGAGUUUCAGUUCUUGACUGUGGACAUCUAAUCAUCAGUUAACAUGACUGUACCGCUGUUUUUUUUUUCCAAUGGAAAAUAUUCACAUAUUUGCUAAUCAGUUUUAAAUCAUACAUUAAAUCAUACACAUAGAGUAUGUUAGUGUAUGAAAAUCACAAGUAUCUAGUCACAGUUAUGUGCAGUCCAUAUUUCCUAUGAAAUAUAUAUUGUCUGUUCUCACGCCUAUGUAUUUUUUCAUAUAUUCUUCAUUGUAGUCACGUGCGCAAACGUUGAUGAAAGCCAUCGAAGAAAGUGUAGACCAAAUUGAACAAAGUCAUAUGGAGUUGACUACAUAUGAAAGGCUUCAUGAACAGGAAUUAUGUGCUAUCGCCAGACGUUCUGAGGUUUUAGAAGCUGACGUUGAACGGCAACAAAAGCGACAUGCUGAUCUUCAACGUGAAUACGGAAGACUUAUUCGAAUUCGUGAAGAACGAGAGGCAGAUGCUUUCUUGGCCAGUAAUAUAGAUCUAAUCGGUCGUGGUGACGGUGAAACAUCAAUUGUUGGUACAACUAAUGCAACUUCAACUGCUGAUCAAACUAAUACCACUGAUAUAUCCCAAUUAAAAACAGUGUAUGGAAGUAAGAAUAUGAAAACAGGUAAAUGGAUUGCAGUCACACAAGUUGAAGAUGUUAAUAACAACAUCGAUCAUCCAGUGUUACCUGAUGGGGAGAUUGCUACGAAUUCUAUCCUCAAUUCAAGCCAUCUAACAGAAAGUGAUGACGGUGAUAUUACUAGUAAUAAUGUGUCGCCUACGAAUGGUGAAAUAUCCUCUGAUUCAGAAUUGGCAAAUGUGAAUAUGAUGGAAUCAACAUUGCAACAAACAAUUAGUUCACACUGAUUUUCUUCUGUUUUAUAUAAUUCUAAUUUGUUUUCCUAUCUACAAACAAACAUUUUGUCUACCUUCUUUUUCUUUCUUUCCCUAUCUCUCUUACAAUGAAACAGUUUUUGUAUGCAUAUUUUACACCUUCAUCUGUUAUCUUAGUUUGGUUUCGCGUUUGUAGAUUCUUAGCUGUCAAAGUUGAUUAUCAUUAUUAUUAUGAUAUUUACCACAAAUAGCUUUGUGUCUUGAGUAGACAUACUAAAAGAACUAUUGGCUAUACUUUAUCUAACUGUCACUUUCACUGCUACUACUCUGUUCAGUUUUAUUUGUAAAAAAAAUUCUCAUAUUAUGAUUGCAGUUCAACUGUCAAAGAAAAAUGUAAUGUGAUAUACAC